CUAGAAAGUAGUAGUAGCUAGGUCUCUUCACCAUGAUCAAGUCUGCUUUGCUUUCCCUCUCCCUCUGCUUUCUUGUCUUGUGUCAUGGCUGUAUAGCCUAUAUGCACCAUCAGCAGCAAUCGUGGCAAGGGCAGCAACAUCAACAGCAACGCCGGUUCCGAGGGCAAAGAGAGUGUCAACUUCAGGACUUCUCGGCUCUCGAACCCAAUACACGCAUUGAGUCGGAAGGCGGGACUACCGAGUACUGGGAAGAGAACAACCAACAGUUGAAAUGCGCUGGCGUUGCCGUGAUUCGUCAUGUCAUCGAACCCAAAGGCCUCCUCUUGCCUUCCUACACCAAUGCUCCUAAGCUCACCUACAUCGUCCAAGGUAGAGGUUUUACCGGAGUUGUCUUCCCCGGUUGCCCUGAAACAUACCAAUCAUUCCAACAAUCCCAACAAUCAGAAGGAAAUGGAAAAAGUCGGAGGUAUGAAGAUUUUCAUCAGAAGAUCCGAAACUUCCACCAGGGUGAUGUCAUAGCCUAUCCGGCUGGAGUAGCCCAUUGGUGUUACAACGAUGGUGAUACACCGGUCAUUGCUGUAACUGUCAUCGACACUAGCAACAAUGCCAACCAGCUCGAUCAGAAUCUCAGAGUAAGGAACCAAUUAAUUAGAUCUUACAUACAUGAAUUCAACUCAAACCGAUUGUUGUCUAUUCCAUGUCCAUUAACACGACUGAGCAAUUACUGUUCUUCUUUCUUAGGAAAUGCUCGUUCUCAAAUCGUUGGAGAGAACGGUAGCCUGGUGUUCGAUGGCGAACUAAGUGAAGGUCAACUUCUGGUAGUGCCACAAAACUUCGCAGUGUUGACACAAGCUGUAAAUGAAGAGUUCAGGUGGAUCUCCUUCAAGACCAGUGACAAUGCAUGGAGAAGUGCGCUUGCUGGAAGGAACUCGAUUAUGCGGGCAAUGCCAGAGGAGGUGUUGAUGAACUCAUAUCAGAUCUCAAGAGAAGAAGCAAGAAAUUUGAAGUACGACCAAGAGCAGAUGGAGGUGUUACGUCCAAGGUCACGGUCAUGGGGUCUUGAGUCUUCAGCUUAG